UCUGCCCGCUCCCCCAACCCAGGUCUCUCAGGAGAUCUCUCACCUGCAUCAAGGAGAGCCUGCGUAUCUUCAUCGACCUGGGGGCGAAAGACAAGGCUGCCGAGGCCUGGCUCGGAGCUGGACGACUCCACUACCUCAUGCAGGAAGAUGAUCUGGUGGAGCUGUACCUGCAGGCAGCCAUCCAGAAAGCCCUGAAGUCCGAAGAGCCCUCCCUGGCUCUCAAACUCUAUGAAGAAGCGGGCGACGUGUUCUUCAAUGGGACCCGCCACAGGCACCGUGCGGUGGAGUAUUACCGGGCUGGGGCUGUCCCUUUAGCGAGGAGGAUGAAGGCGGUGAGAACGGAGCUCCGGGUUUUCAACAAGCUGACGGAGCUGCAGAUCAGUCUGGAAGGCUACGAGAAGGCUUUGGAGUUUGCCACUCUGGCGGCCAGACUCAGCACAGUCAUAGGAGAUCAGAAGCAGGAGCUGGUGGCCUUUCACCGCCUGGCUACGGUGUACUAUUCCCUGAGCAUGUAUGAGAUGGCUGAAGACUGCUACCUGAAGACUCUGUCCCUCUGCCCACCCUGGCUGCAGAGUCCCAAGGAGGCCCUGUACUAUGCGAAGGUAUAUUAUCGCCUGGGCCGACUCACCUUCUACCAGCUGAAGGACGCCCACGAUGCCACCGAAUACUUCUGGCUGGCCCUGGCAGCGGCGGUCCUGCUGGGUGACCAGGAGCUGCAGGACACCAUUAGGAGCAGGUUGGACAACGUCUGCCGGAGCCCCCUGUGGCACAGCAGCCCCUCGGGGCGCUCCUCAGAGAGGGCACGGUGGCUGAGCGGGGGAGGCCUGGCCCUCUGAGGAGGGCUGUCCUACAUCCGACCAGUGGCCAUGGCCAGAAGCUGCCUCCCUGCCCUGGGCUCCAGGACACCCAUCUGGAAGGUCUGCAUCAUCACCUGGCCCAGCCCCUCAUCUUACAAUGAGACUAGCACCGCCCAGAGGGAGGGGCUCAUUUGGGUCGGCCACACCAGGAGUGGAUGACAGAGCAGGGACUGGAGGUCUUGGCUUUGUGUCAGGGGUUGUGUCUAGAGCCUUUUCAUUGGACUGUGGCCCUUCCCCACACACAGCCUCUGAAACGCACUUUCUCAACACUACGUUCUAGAGAACAUGAGAACCCUUGUCCUGAGGGGCAACCUCUCUCCUCCACCCCCC